GCUGACCCGGCCACAGGUCUCGGAUCAGCUGGCAGCAGCCUGCAGACUUCAGCCGUCAGUCAGUGUGUUGUGUGGAGUCAGGAGAGUUGACAGCGGUUUAAUGAACGAGCACACAGCCUGACUGACUGACGUGAACGAGGAAAAGUCUAGAAAUGGACGCCAGGAGUGGAAGACGACGAAGCUAAUUGGAUAAUAAAGCAUUGUCUCGAACGUAUGAACCUACAGUGCCAUUUUCUACCUGUUGCUGCCAUUUCUACAUCGUGGACAACAUUUUACAUGAUGAAGUUCAAGCCCAACCAGACCAGGACGUAUGACGGCGAAGGCUUCAAAAGACGAGCGGCGUGUUUGUGUUUUAAAAAUGAGACCGAAGAUGAAGUGCUACUGGUGAGCAGCAGCCGACAUCCAGACCAAUGGAUUGUUCCUGGGGGAGGAAUGGAGCCUGAGGAGGAGCCCUGUGGGGCGGCUGUUAGAGAGGUGUAUGAGGAGGCUGGGGUGAAGGGAAAGCUUGGCAGACUACUUGGGAUUUUCGAGCACAACCAAGACAGCAAGCACAGGACUUAUGUUUACGUCCUCAUUGUGACAGAGAUACUGGAAGACUGGGAGGAUGCUGUCAACAUAGGAAGGAAACGUAAGUGGUUCAAGGUUGACGAAGCCAUCCGGGUGCUGCAGAGCCACAGGCCUGUCCAUGCAGAAUACCUGCACAGAUUCAAGAACACCCGUAAUCCCACCUGUGGUCCGGUGUGUCACCCAAGUAACGGCAACACCCUGGGCUCCCAAGUGAUGGACAACAACACCUCUCACUACGCUGUCCGCGCCAAACAAGCCUCAGAUCUCGUCAACCGAUAGACAACUCUUGCUGGACUCCGAGAUGGACUUACCUUAAACACACUGUUACCUAUGUUACUUGUACAGACUCUUGACAUUUAAGCUAUGGAGUUCAAACUCCUCUGACAUUGAUUGGAAACCCAUUUGGCUUGGAGAGUGCUAAAUGUUUUCCGGUAGUAUCGUUUAUUUUUGUAGUAACCAUCACCAGCUGCUCAAGCAAAUGAGUCACUUUAAAAGCUUUCUGGUUCAUUUUUAGAGGGCCGCUCCUCAAACUUGAAGGUUAUUUCUAAUUAUUUCACGAUGAGUAAUAUUUGAUUGUUGGUGCAGCCAUAGCAAGGCGAGUGCUGACUCUUGGAGAAGUUGAAUCCCCAAAGUGCCUUAAUGACAAAACUAAAUCUUUACCAUUUGCAAGAUGUUUUGAAAGAGUAGCUCAUGUGCAUGGAUGAAUUCUGACUUAUUUAUACGUAGGGUGCAAAGGUACCUCAUAGUUACUCUUCGGUACGCUCCUCAUGUUUAAUGGAAUGGUUUGAUUCAUUUUCGGGACAGUAGGAGAACAAAUUGCAAAACCUAAAACUACUAAGCUUUUGUCUUUUAUUGCCACAGCAAGUCAACCGCAUUAAAGAUUUGGCUUAGUUUUUACACCAAA